AUGGCGUCUCAAAAUCCUAGCCACACCCUCUUUCUUGGACUGUCCAGAUCCACGCCACAUAAAGCGGCGCUCGCAGGCGGCGCGAUCCCAGCAAUGAAAACGGAGAUGGAGGUCAACUCCGGUGCCCCGAGCACCAAGAGGGCGGGGCUCGCGCCACCGGCGACGCCUUCCUCUAGUGGUUUAGCGGUAGCGGAUGGAAGCAGCGAGGGUACGCCUACUGGAUCCGAGGAUCAAGAAGAGCAGUCUGGUCCCGACCGCAUCAGCGACCUCCCGGACGGUGUCCUCGGUGAGAUCAUAUCCCGUCUGUCCACUAAGGAAGGCGUUCGCACUCAAAUCCUCGCACGUCAGUGGCGCCCUGUUUGGCGCGCCGCUCCUCUGAAUCUGGACUGCCGUGAGAUGCCUGCCCCACGUCUUUUUAACCCUCUAGAUCAAGUACAUUUCGAGUUGGUCACCGCGAACUCCGCCACACCGGAGGAACUCGUCCGCGUAACAUACACUGGAACUUUUUUUAGAGGAGAACAUGUCGGUGAAGAUAAUUCCUAUGAUGAUUCAUACCUUCCAGAGGCCAUCCUCUCUGGGCGUCAGAGUGCAGUUCGCCGCCCCUGCAUUCCGGCGUCCUACCUCGACUGCAGGCACUCCACGGUCGACGAUUGGCUUCGAUCCCCAAGACUGAACAAUCUCCAUGUGCUCGAGUUUUACUACCUGUUCCCACCAUGCUUGAGACAACAUGACAUAGGGCCAUUCUCAUGCCCUCCGCUCAUGCCAUCACCACCAGCAUUAAACCCUCAGAUUUCCUCCUCUCUCCAAACCAUCGCCUUUGAUCUUUGCAAGUUACCAGACAAUUAUGUACGGGUGCUUAAACUACCACUGCUCAGGAGACUCUCGCUAGUAGAUGUUGAUGUAUUAGACGUCUCAUUACAAAGCAUCAUCAGCUCUACUUCUCCUACACUUGAGUCUCUGCAGCUUGUUUGGACAGUCAGGCACCAUUGCAUCAGAAUAAACUCACCUAACCUUAUAAGCAUCGGCAUUUCUGGUUACUAUGGGAAAAUUGUUAUAGAAGAUGCCUCCUCACUUCAACGGUUGCUUUGUGAUGGUGAUUGCAAAAAGUUGCGGAUAGUUAUCACCUCUGCACCUAAACUGCAGGUCAUGGGCAAAUUAUCUAAUAUUUUCUGUGAAUCCGGCGUCACAAAUGACCGUAUAAUUAUUCAGUGUUUGCCGACAGUCAGCACAUCCACAUAG